AUGUCAGAAGCAGAAUCAAUAUAUAUCCCAAUACCACACUUUCCCCCAUUUAAGCUAAGGUCGUCGAUGAUUGACAAAGACCCCGUCAUAUGGGCUCAUUUGUUGGAAGCAUAUAUUAAGUUGAUACAAUUAUUGCUUGAUCCUCAAUCACCAAAAUUAAGCGUAAAGUCACAACAACAGUUGCAUUUAUUCUUGCAAAUAUACCUAAAGGAAACAAGUACUGAGGGAGAAAGGAUUUUCUCAUUGGGGGCUAUUAAUCCAGAUAUUAAAAGCAAUACCGAAACUUUACGAGCAUAUGUGUUUCAUUUAAUCAAGAAUUACGGCUUUGUUAAAUUGAGUAUGACUGGAGAAAUGAUUUGGGAUUUUGUUCGAAUAUACUGUGAAAAGAAUGCUCAAACUGUGAGGGGAUUGAUUGAUGGAUCUUUUAAAUCAAAGUUUAACGAUAAUAAAAAAUCAGGUAGUAUUUCAUCCAUCCCAGUGUUGCAGAAAUAUCUCGAAAAGUUGAUUUCCGAGGGGAAAGUUAGAUCCACGCACUUGAAAUUUCUUACCAUGCUAUUGGGACAACAUGUUUCAAAAACAACUUACUCGAUGGGAUCAAGUAAAAUUGUAAACACGAGCCAAAACAAUAACAGCUUACAAUUUGCCGAAAGCUUCGUCACUACAAAUUGGAUUGAGUUUUUGGACCUUGCUUACGCUGACGGGAAAAGUCCGAAUGCAGAAUUGGUGAAAAACGUGAUGGUUCUUUCUAUUGUAUCCUUGUCUGCUCCCAAGUUGGCAAAGUUGGCCUCUAGCUUGGGAAUCUCGUCGGUGGACACAUUGAGUAUUGCGCCCCUAUUUGGUGCAAUUAUUACGUCUGACCCAUUGAAGGACUUAAUCCCAAAAUUGGAGGAAAAGUUACCAUUUCUCAGGUUUGUUAGCAAGGAUGUUGAGAACGAAUCCGAAGAGGAAAGUGAGGGGAAGUACGAAGAAAAUGUUGAGGGGAUUUCUCUUUUGGUAGACUUAUUUCCCGAUCUAACUGAAAGGAAAGCAAAGAUAAUUUUGAAAGACUACAGUGGAGAUGUGGAGUACGUGACUAACUUGCUCUUGGAGAACCCCGAUCGAAUAAGUUCCAUAGAGGAGAAAAAACCAUCUGCUCAAAACAAACCAGCUGAAGUUGCAAACCACAACAUUCCAAAGCGAUCAAUAUACGAUGACGAUGAUAUUUCAAAGGGGGAUUUCUCAAAAGCUUCCAUUGUGUUUGGAAAGAAGAACCGCAAACAAAUUGGAGUGGCCGACGAUGUUUUGAAAAAAAAGACGUUGAACGCGGCAUUGAGAUUGAUGUAUGAGAGUGACGAAGAUGAGCCGGAUGAUACAUAUGAUGACCAGGAAAAGACAACAGGUUCCGAAAUGGAAGAUGACUCUAAAAAGUGGAAAGGUUCAAAGAUGACACCACUUAUAGAUGAAUCCAAACCCGCUUUCUCCCCAGUUGACCCAAUGGAAAGGCAUCUCUUUGGUAUUUUCAAAAAAGAUGGCACCAAUGCUUUUGAUAAAUCUUCGAGAAAGUCUAGUCAUCGACAACAAAUGAAAAAGGAUACAAAUUGGUCAGAUGAGCAGAUUGAAGGCUGGUUGCGUAUGCUUCUUAAAUCACCUCGGAGGUACAAGAUUCUAGAAGAAAAUUACUUCUAUGGUGGUGGGAAUCCCAACAGGCAACCGCGGGCUCCAAAACAGGCCAAUGGUCCAGUGGAAGGAUCUUCAUCAAAGUCCCCUACAGCGAAAAGUAAAGAACAACCCAAAGAACAGGUUAAGCGUUCACAUGCAAGAAACGAAAAAAACAAAGCUAGAAAGUCCAAUCAUAACCGGAAGUCCCGGCAUGACAAGAAGUCCAGUUUGCAAUUGGCUGGUAUGAAAUCAGAGGGGUAA